UUGAUUCACCAUCUCCGAAAGAAAGAAGGAAAUGGUUAGAAUGUUGAUUCACAUCCGUCCCUUCCCGACCACUUCUCUGUCUCGUUCUCUCACUGUUCUCUCUUCUUUCUCCUCCACUUCUUCUCCGACACAGCAACACAAGCGUUGGUCUGGUCUCGACAACUGGAGAAACAGCCCCAUCAACGACCUCCGUCUCUGGGGACCUAACGGUCCUCUCCUUCCUUCUUCUUCUUCUGACUCCACCUCCUCCACCUUCAACGGUCUAGUCUCCGCUGCCCCUUCUCUCGCUGACCUCGGAGCUCUCGUCCUCUCAACACCCGACCCUCUCUCAAAAUCCCACAUCUCACACUUAGCUUUCUCCCGUUGGCGCUGCAGUGAGAAUAAUCUCCCCGUUGGCUCCAUCUCUCACCUCCCUUCCUCUCCCGCUCGCCCUCCCAAACCUCUCCUUGUUCCGACCAACGAAGUGCCAAGUCCGAAAGACUCAGCGCUUCCUCUCAACGCCUAUAUGCUUCACACCCUCGCUCACAUCGAGCUCAACGCUAUCGACUUGGCUUGGGACACUGUUGCUCGCUUCUCCCCUUUCUUCCACGUUCUCGGUCGCGACUUCUUCGAUGACUUCGCUCAUGUUGCUGAUGAUGAGAGUCGACACUUCAUGUGGUGUUCUCAGAGACUCGCUGAGCUUGGUUUCAAGUAUGGAGAUAUACCGGCUAAUAAUUUGUUGAUGAGGGAAUGCGAGAAUACAUCAAGCAAUGUCGCUGCUCGCUUGGCUGUUAUCCCUCUUGUUCAGGAGGCUAGAGGACUAGAUGCUGGACCUAGGUUGGUCAAAAGAUUGAUGGGGUUUGGAGAUCAUAGGACUUCUAAAAUAGUGGAAACGAUUGCUGACGAGGAAAUUGCACAUGUGGCUGUUGGUGUAGACUGGUUUCUCUCUGUGUGUCAAAAGAUGAACCGUGCUCCUUGCCCUACGUUUAAAGAUUUGAUUAAAGAGUAUGGUGCUGAGUUAAGGGGACCUUUUAACCACUCAGCUCGGGAGAUAGCUGGCAUUCCCCGAGAUUGGUAUGAUUCAUCAUGUGGCACCGAAGUGGAUGAAUGCAGCAACAAACAGAGUGACAAGGAGCAACUUUCUGCGGUUUACGAUAGGCUCACGCACAUAAUCUCAAUGGAGAGUGAGAAUUCAAGUCUCGAACGGCCAGCCAAAUGAAAUGAAUAUGAGUGUGUGGCGUUUACUUAUUGGACUCUGAAAGUAGAGAGAUUAGUAACUUAUUGUUAGCAUGUUUAUGGCUUUGUUGCUUGUGAGUUACAGAUGCAUUAGAGUUGAUCCAGGGAACAACUUUAUGUUAUGGUCUUGUUAACAUCCAAGAUACAUUGUUAUUAUGUUCAAUAAUAUCCAAGUUGUUCUUCGUCCAA